CCAUGAGCACUGUGGAGGAGGAGCCGGAUCACAUGAUACCAUGAAGACGAGCCUGCAGGUCCUGCGCUGCCAGCUGCUGAGAGAGGGAAGCUGAGGUUGGAUCAUGUGUAGGAUGCCCCUGGUGACACCCAGGACCAUGACACCUGUCUACCCCCUAAUGGAGACUACAGCGGCAGCAGCGUGGUCCUGGUUAACCCCUUCUGCCAGGAGACCCUCUUCAUCAACAGAGACAAAGCUUCUGCCAUCUAGAGACAGAACCGGAGAAGACGUGGACCGAGUCUCCUCCUCUACUCCCCUGCUGUCGUUGUCUAUUUUAUAUAUGUGGUGAAUAUUCAGAGACUUUUGACUUUAUACUGUAUAUUAUAAAAACAAAGAGCAACCUGGAAGGAUGUAGACAGACACUAUUUACUAUGAGGAUGCACCUGCAUAUUUUUCUGAUGUACAUUUUCUACAAAAAGGCUUAAUUGUGAUUUAAGAAAAAGGUUUUUAUUGUCUUUAUAAAAUACAGAGUAUAUGGGGUUUGUUUCAUGACAGUGGCUUGAUGGCGAGUGCACUGUGGAGAGAGAGAGAGAGAGAGAGAGAGAGAGAGAGAGAGAAGACGUGCCAUGAAAACGUUAAAGCUGUAAUUUUACUUUUCCUUUCAAAUCAAUCCCAAAAUACUUAUAGCCUGUCGAACUUGAAUAUAGCACCUACAAUAUUAACUUGGGGGAGGGGGGCAGAGAUUUGAAGCAAAAUGCUGUGUGUGAAAUCAGGGUCUGUAUUUAUCAAACUGUUAAACCAAGAAAGUCACGAGCGCUCCAAAGACUCACAAAGUCGAAGAACUGAAAGAAAGAGUGAUCUCCUUGAAUCUCAAGUGAUCACAUAAUUAAUCAAAUAUAUGCUCAGGGCAGGGAUGGGAUAUCAGAGACAUGAUUUAACCUACUCAUGCCCCAUUGAUAAUUUUUCAGGAAAACUUAUUUUUUCUCAGUGAUAUUGUAUUCUGAAUAUGUAAGUUUUAUUUUUCUCAAGUUCAUUUUCAUAGUGUGAACUCCUUAGUUUCCCAUAACAUCAAUUGAGCUUAACAUUAAAACCAGUUUUUAAGUCACAAAUACAGGAUUUAUACCUCAUGAAUAAGGAAUAAAUCAUAGGAAAUAGGAUGGCAACAAAAUUAUUACUGUAAAUUAGUGACAGUCUCAUAAGAAUGAAUUUAGUACCAUGCUAACAAAUCCAGACAAUGAAGAAGUGAUUGCAAACAAAAUCAGAGCCAGAUCUGUUGUUUUACAGCCCCGAUAAAUGCAGGGAAAGAAAUAUAAAUAAAGAAAACCAUAAAAGAUCUUUUCCAAAUGUAAAAUGUAGCCUAAACCUACCUGAUUAUGGAUUAUACUGCUAAUCAUAUUAUUCAUAUAAUGCCAAUAGUACCAUCACUUUAAGACAUGUGCCAAGUAGAUGAGCAGAUUUUUCUUUUCUUAAGUUUCAAAGCAGGUGAAUAAGUAAAGAACCUUAAAUUUCAUCUCUCAACAGUUUGAUAAGACAAGCCCAGGUUUUAAGGGUAAAUUUGAGUGGAAUAUUUGCGGCCUUUACAGCUGGCUGUUCUGAAGGAUGGGGCAUCUCUCAAUCGAGUGGAACUGACGUGAAAUGGCCUCCCCCCUCGUGUGUCACCAGCUUCUCUUAAGAGGGACCACAUAGAUGUCUUAACUCUUUACGUUGGCCCUUUAUAUUUCAAUACGUGUGUGUGAAUGCCUUGUGUAGUGCAUGUAAGCAAACUGUGUGAGCGAGAGUGGACGGAUCAGUUUAAUCCAGCUGCCCCCCCCCCCCCCCCCUAAACCAAAUAUCACUGUUACUUUAAAUCAAACAAGACUUUGUAUCACAUCCGAUCUUCUGUGUGUGUGUGUGUGUGUGUGUGUGUCUGUCUGUGUGUGUGUGUGGCUGUGUGUGGGUGUGAGAGCCUCUGUCUUUCUGUCUGUUCAUCCUCUUCGCUGUAUUGUGGAGUCGCUACUGGUUAUAGCCCAACGUGAGAAAUCAUUUCUCAGCGCCUGUAGGAAACAAUUAGACCAUCCCUUGCUACUGUAAGUGUUUCCCCAGAUACUGUGUUAGUCCAUCAAUGUAACUCGUGUUUGUUGAAAUGUCGAAUGAUUGUGAACGAUUCCUCUGGACACACACACGAUUUGUGUCCUGAUCCUGACCAAUGAAAACACUGAGACAAAAAAAAUGUACCGUAUGCUGAGUAUUUACUGUGAGCACAUACAGAGGCGUUUGAAUAUUUCUUUUGUCUAAUUAUUGACCCUGUGGCCCUUCUAUCAUCUGUUUUAUUUUGCAUUGCUGCAGUUUUAUUCAAUAAUCGAUGCUGCCUGCCUCUAUUGUCGCUGAAGAUCUUCUGCAUUGUGCGCUGUUGUGCUGAAGUCACCGGUUCGAGCGGUGAUGGUGAACGACACAGUUAAACACAUUGAUUCUUUCCUGCAUCGGACGCUCACAGGUGGGCUUGUUGUUUUGCACGCUCAAAAAGUGGAUAUUUUACAAAACGUUCGGUGGAGCAGUGUUCAACAUGAUGUAUUUUUUGUACUGUAGUAUACACUGUACUUUUUACUGCUGAGCAAUAAAACAGACAAAAAAACACA